UAUCCAAGAUUGCAAUUGAUACAGAAAUAAGUGGAAGAACAUGUUUUGAUGAGGAUAUUAAGACCUUGCAAUGACAUACGUUCAGAAGCCAUGUUACUAUGUACCUCCUGUGCCUAAUAAAGUGACCACUGUUUAUGUUCCUGAUACUCUGCUGCUGAAGCUGAUCCACUUCAAGGUUCGACAUGUUGUGCGUUCGGAGAUGCUCUUCUGCACACCACUGUUGUAACACAUGGUUAUUUGAGUUACGGUCACCUUCCUGUCAGCUUGAACCAGUCUGCCAAUUCUCCUCUGACCUCUCUCAUUAACCAGCUGUUUCUGGCCAUAGAACUGCCACUCACUGGAUGCUUUUUUUUUUCGUUUUUUUGCACCAUCCUCUGUAAUCUCUGCAUGAAAAUCCAAGGAGUUCAUCAAUUUUUGAGAUACUCUGAGCACCCCAUCUGGCACCAACAAUCAUUCCAUGGUCAAAAUCACUUAGAUCACAUAUCUUCCUCAUUCUGAUGUUUGGUCUGAACAACUGAAUCUCUUGACCGUGCCUGCAUGCUUUUGUGCAUUUAGUUGUCGCCACAUGAAUGGCUGAUUAGAUAUUCGCAUUAACGAGCAGGUGUACCUAAUAAAGUGGCCACUGUGUGUAUAGAGAAAUUCAGUGUUUGGUGAAAUGGAGCUUAAUAUGGGGAAAUGUGAAGGCAUGCAUUUCUGGUAAGAUAAAUCAAGAGGCAGAUUAUUAUCUAAAUGGGAGGCGGGCCUGCAAGAGAGUGAAGUUCAGAGGGAUCUAGGUGUUUUAGUGUAUGAAUCACAAAGUGGUGCAGGUAGGUGCAACAGGUAGUUGAAAGGACAAGUGGCAUAUUGGCCUUUUAGUUGAGAACUAGGGAGGUUUUGUUAUGAGUGUACAGAGUUUUAGUGAGGGCUCCCAGGUCAACUGAGCAUAGCUAUGGUCCCCUUACCUGAGAUGAUAUUGUCGCAAUGGAGGCAGUCCAAAAGAGAUUCACCAGACAGAGUGCUUCUCUGUCUGAGUCCUUGGCCUUUAGCCAUAAAUCACCCCAGAUAAAUGUACCUGUAAGUUGAGGGCUGUCUGGCAGACAUGAUAGUUCAUUUAUUUUGGAGUUAAGAACGACUGGUUGAUGUUUAAGAACAAGAAACUCACAUUAGGUGGACCAUCUGCACAAAUCUGGUGGAUGGCAAAGUGCAGCACUUACCCUUUCUGAAUGCCCACUGCUGUUUCCCCUGCCUCUACAUCCUACCAUCAAUCUGUGGCGUAGAACAGUGAGGAAUUCACUGAGGAGCUCUGUGUGGUUUUGAAGCUCUUCCUAUGAUGAUCCUGAGAGUGAGAGAAAGCCUGCUGAAAGUUGUGCUUGCAGAGAGAUUUUUCUGUGAUGCAACAGGCCUCAGCUUCUCACACCAACCACCAACCAAAAUACCAGAAAGGAGAUGAUUUUAAAAGCACAUGAUUAGAAGUUGAGUAACCACAGUGUUGUAUGAUGAUUUUCAUUUGAUGCUGGUUUUUGAUAAAUGAAAGCUACUCGAAGCCUAUAAAGCAGCAAGUGAUCAACCAGAGGGAGAUAGGUAACAGAGACGUGGUUGCCAAGGUUACAAAUAAGAAGCAGAACCCUCUGUCUUUUCUAAAGGGUGAUGCUGCCUUAAUAGAAAUGUGGGCAUGUUGCUUCAAGGAAAUGGAGAAUUCAGUUGAGGCUUGUAACUACAUUGUUAGGCUUUUCAUUAGUAAAGGAUUGCAGCCUUGUGGACCUCCAACGGUGUGGAAACCUUCCCUCUGGAAGCGUGAAUGGCCAAGAUCCUCACGACUAUGGAAGACAAUAAGCAGCUGGCGGCGAAGAUCGAUGUGGCCGUCCAGUCGGCCAGCCGCGAGGUGUCCAGUCUGAGAGCGGAGCUGACGGCCACCAACCGGAGACUGGCCGAGCUCAGCCCCGGGGCGGACUGCGCCGGCAUGGAUACCAAGCACGGAGAAGACGACUGUGACGUGAGAUCUGAUGAGCUCCAGCAUCAUGUGACAGUACUUCUUCGUGAGGAGGUUUCCCGGCUCCAGGAGGAGGUACAGUGGCUGAGGCAGAUGAAGGAGAUGCUAACAAAGGAGCUGGAGGACACGAAUGCAGGAAAAUCAGCUGAGAUCCUGUCGGUGACUGAGCUGAAAGUACAGCUUGCCCAGAAGGAGACCGAGCUGGCCCGAGCCAAAGAAGCCCUGCAGGCCAUGAAGACAGACCGUAAGCGAUUAAAAGCAGAAAAGGCCGACCUGGUGAACCAAAUGCAACAACUGUACGCCACACUGGAGAGCCGGGAGGAGCAGCUGCGGGAUUUUAUAAGGAAUUACGAGCAACACAGAAAGGAGAGUGAAGAUGCAGUGAAGGUUUUAGGAAAAGAAAAAGACUCACUAGAACGAGAGAAAUGGGAUUUACGUAGACAAGCCAAGGAGGCGACUGAUCAUGUGACUGCACUCCAAACACAGCUGGACCUCAAAGAGAACAGAAUUAAAGAACUGGAGGCAGAGUUGGCCAUGAUAAUGAACCGUAUGGGCCAGAAAAUGGAAUAUCGCAUUUUCGAUCGUUCAGCUGAGAAGGAGUCCUUCCCUCGAGUGCUGGCGGCCAAGCAAUCCCUAGCCACACUGACCAAGGAUGUCCCCAAGAGGCACUCACUGGCGAUGCCGAGCGAGAGCAUGUUAAAUGGGAACCAGGAGUGGGUGACACAGUCCGACCUACCACUCACUGCGGCAAUUCGACAGAGCCAGCAGACAUUGUAUCAUGCACACCACCACUCGGUAGACAGGCAAGGAGUGCGAGUCAGUCCCUGUCACUCGAGGCAACCGUCCACCGUCUCGGACGCCUCGGUGCUUGAGGGUGAAAGGUCGUCCACACCAAGUGACAUCAACUCACCGCGACAUCGGACACACUCACUCUGUAAUUCACUAGAAGAUCUAGAAGAACAAAAGAGGAAGAAAAAGAAGGAGAAGAUGGUGUUUGGCUCCAUUUCGCGGGUGUUUGCCAGGGGCAAGCAACGGAAAUCCCUGGAUCCCGGCCUCUUUGAUGAUUCUGAUGGUCUGUCCAGCCCCACAAACCUGAGCCUCAGCUUAUCUGAGGGCGAUGAGCAUCUGGACAGGUUGCAGCAGGUGGAGAUUGCAAGGACCAUGCCGAUGUCUCACUGGAAGGCGGGUACUGUACAGGCCUGGCUGGAGGUUGUCAUGGCGAUGCCAAUGUACAUCAAGUCUUGCACGGAGAAUGUCAAAAGUGGAAAGGUCCUGUUGAGCCUGAAUGAUGAAGACUUGGAGGUAGGCCUCGGGGUGAACAGCUCGAUGCACCGGCGUAAGCUGCGGCUGGCGAUUGAGGACUAUCGGGAGGCAGAGUAUGGAAAGGGGUUGUCCAAGGCCUCAGAGCUGGACCAUCACUGGGUUGCCAAGGCAUGGUUGAACGAUGUGGGCCUCCUGCAGUACUCACAGGCUUUCCAUAACCACCUUAUCGACGGCCGAAUGCUGAACUCACUGACAAAGCGAGAUCUGGAAAAAUACCUGAAUGUGUCGAAGAAAUUCCAUCAGAUUAGCAUCCUGCUUGGCAUUGAGCUGUUUCGACAGUGGGACUUUGACAGAGAGAUUCUACAUGAAAGAAGAGCCUGGUGUGAAAAUCACAAUGUCGACCCUUUGGUCUGGACCAACCAGCGAGUCAUAAAAUGGGUGCGAGAGAUUGACCUCAAGGAAUAUGCAGACAACCUUCUCAACAGUGGUGUCCAUGGUGCAGUCCUCAUCCUCGAACCCACCUUUAACUCAGAAACCAUGGCAACGGCGCUAGGAAUCCCCAGCAACAAGCACAUUAUCAGGCGACAUCUCUUUGAAGAGCUGAACUUAAUUGUCAACCCUGCCAGGCAUGGACUGUUACAGGAAAGUCAGAGACUGGGGCAGCUAUGUUAUGUACAACAGGGCUUUCUGGGAUACAAUCACGCUGAUGAGAAUGCUCUGGAAUAUGCAGAGGAUGAAACCAGCAGAAAGUACAGAACAGGAAGGGGACCAAUGGAUUCAAUGAAGGCCUUUGGUGGAAAAGACCUCUGCUUCCACGAAGGCUAUCCCUCCCGUCUACAAGGUGUCACUGAGGACGAACUGUCCAGACCAGCACGUUGCUCCCUCCAGACCUUCACUGGGAUAGAGGUUACCAAUGUAUAGGGCCAAGUUGUUCACUGGAUACUGGAAUCAACUGGAAUUCUUUCACCCACAUAUGCAACCACAUAAAAGUAAACCAGCUGCUCAGCAGAAGACUUUCCGGCCAAGUGAACAGAUUUAUUUUAUAUUUAUGUUAAGUGGAUUGGAUCAUCGUUAAUGUCCAAUUGGCUGCGAGUGGCUGCUGUUGCCAUGGGAAAGCAGUUGAAUGCUGAAGGUUUGCUGGAAGGCUAUCUCUUAUUAACCAGCUGAAGCCCAACAGUUGAGAUUGUUCCCGAGCAUCAGGCACAUUGGAUCCAUCCUAAAUCUAGCUUUUCAGCACUGCAGAUCCUUAUAGAAAAAGAAUUUUGAUUUAACUGAAUGUGAAGAGGAUGGAAAGACCACAAGGGACUUGCUCUAAUGUCUGGUUUCUAUCCUGUACCUUUUAAUUUAAGUGGAGAUAGUUCAACAUUCCUCCUAACUCUAUUUCAUAAAAAAGGCUUACGUCCAACAUUAAAUCCGCUGUUCACAUAAUAAUGGAGGAGUUUCAACUUCAGGGGGUAGGCAGAGGACUCUGCAAACAUUGUAACUGAACCAGGCCAGUUCUAUUGAUCACCACCUGCAAAAGGCAGUCCAGAUUUUUACAAGGGGAGGAAAGUCCAGGGAGUUUUACUUCAAUACAAUUCCUUGCUUAUAUAAAACAUUUUCAUUAUCAGAUAUUUACUCUCUCUUGCUUACUGCUGCUAUGGAGAACAUUGCUCGUCAUUGCGUAGGUGGGGUCCUACAAUGAAAAUGUUGAACCUGGAACUAACUAGGACUUUAAUGUAGCCUUGGCAUUUUGAACAACCAGUUGAUUUAGUUAGUUUACCAAGAGAUACAUGUCCCAGCUGGGCUUUUGACUUGGACCACUGAAACCUUGAUUUGACUUUGUUAUUCAGCAUCUCCCCCUGAUGCUCUAAAGAAACUAAUGUAGAAAUGAACCAAAUGGAUCUGGAAGGUCCCAGCAAC